UUCACCGAUAAUGGUUCUAAUUUCAUUGUUACCAUGUCACUUCUACAAGUUGGGAUGUGCCCAUCAAUGACUACCGAAGUUCUCAAAAGUUUGAAUACCUGUGACGUAAAAACUGUAAUAGAUUUUGUGACAUCGGAUACAGAAGAAUUGUCCCGGAAAUGUUCUUUGUCCUACAAGGUUCUAUCAUCAAUCAGAAGAUUACUCUUAGCACAGUAUUCAGCUUUCCCCAUCAAUGGGAGUGAUCUGUAUGAUGAAGUCAUAUCCACCGUGGCUUAUCUAUCAACAGGUUGUGAUAGUAUUGAUAAACUCCUGGAUGGUGGAGUCUACACUUCAGAGCUGACAGAGAUUGUUGGUCAGGCAGCAGUUGGCAAAACACAGUUCUGCCUGACCCUUGCAUCGUGUGUGGCUGUAUCAUCUGAACAGAAUGUUCUCUUCAUAGACACUAAUGGUGGAUUUCAUGCCAGCAGACUUCAUGAUAUCAUUGCUCACAAAAGCACCAGUGAGAAGAUAACAUCAGCAGCAUUGCAAAAGGUUCAUUGUGCAACAACCUUUGACCUCUAUGGCCUUCUUGACCUUUUGGAAUCUAUCAAAGCAUCCAUAGACAGUGCCUCAGAAGCCUUCUACAGCUCUCUGAAGCUGGUGGUUCUGGAUUCUGUCACUGCCGUCUUGGCUCCGCUACUCGGAGGAAAACAUAGUGAAGGUCAGGGGAUGAUGGUACAUCUGGCAAGGUCUUUGAAGUCUCUCGCUGCUGAUUAUUCUAUAGCUGUUGUGAUAUGUAAUAACAUGGUGAGAGGUGAGAGAGGUGAACCCAAACCGGCUUUAGGCAGGACCUGGUUGACUGUGCCUCACACACGCAUCCAGCUGAGAGCAGAUGGCAAAGAUGGGAACACCAGUCGCAACACAGAGACCUCUAUCAAUAGAACAGCAUGCUUAGUCAAAUCUCAAAGACAGGCUGUAAACUCAUCCUGCUGUAUAGCCAUUGGAGACCAAGGAGUGUACGGAUGAACCAACACCACUGAUCCCUACAUCAUUGAUAGCUCACUGUGGUCUAAACAUGCUGUGAACACCGACGAUGCUGCCACUCAGCCAUGUUACUACUCCUGUACCUCAAUGGAU